GCAUUUUCUACUUAGAACGGAGUAGUGUAUGAAUAAUACUGCAAAGUCAAGUUAAGCGCCUAGGUAUGUAUGUAGGUACCCUACACACUGAAGGAGACUACCUAUAGAAAUGAAGGCUUAGGUGGCCAGGGCCCUAACCAGCCUGCUAUUCUUUUAUACCCUAGUGCCCGUUUGCACAAUAGGUACCUAGGAGGUAGCUACAUGUAAGGUACAUUUACAUAGUACUUAACCUUAUUUAGUACGCUUACCUAAGCCCGAGCUUCGCGGCUCGAGUCUUGCGACAAGUGCCAUACUUCGUAGGUAGUUAUCACAUAUCACAUUUCGGACCUGGCUGACAUCACUGCCGUCCCAUCACCAUCUCACUCUAAUUCUCGCAAUCCAUCUCCAUCUUCCGCCUACACGACUGAUCUCACUCGGGCGACAGGCUUGAUUGAUGUCCACGCCGUCAUCCCCCUGCACCUCUGGUGUCGCAUGAGGAAGCCAGCCGGCACGAUACGCGCCGCCGUGACCAGGGACAAUUUGUGCCUCGAUCGUCUGCUCAAGCAACGAACGACGCGCUACGAAUUACAGCUUCUACGCGCAUGAUACCCAAACACUGACGGUCUUUUCGAAGAUGGCUUCGCCACCGCAAAAUUACUCGCCGGCCGGUUCUCCGCCAUAUCCCCCCCACUCUCAGCUACCAUCCAAAAAGCGAUCCUCGAUAGCUACCGAACUCUCCAUCCAGCCCCCUUCUCUGAAACGGCGCAAAGCAUCGACCAUGUCUAUUGCCUCUGCUGGGUCAGCUCACCCUCUGCGACAAACCUCCUUUCCACCAGAUGAAACUCUAGGCCGCGACUACUCGCCAUCCUACCGGCGUUCGCCAAGCGUUGAUACCAUGAGUCUUGUUAGUGGAAGCCAAGUGAGCGCUGCUCCCGCGAAGAAAAAGCGUGGCCGGAAAUCUAAGAUAGACCUUGCCAACGAAGCUGCCGCUGCUGCACUCCGGGAUGGAACCCCAAGCCUCGUCGGCGGUCGAGCAGCGACAAUAGUGAGCAAUGCUAGUGGCACUUUAGGGAAAGAAGGAGAUGGUGAUGGAGGUAGAGAUGUUGAUAACGAUGGUUCCUUUGAGUUACCUGAGAACAUGGCUAGUCGCUCUGCUGCUCGGACUAAGGAACAGAUUGAGGAGGAAAAGGAGCUGGUUGCGCUUCUGAAAUCCCAGAUGGACGAGGUUCAGUUCGAUCGAUAUGAAGUAUGGCACAGACAAUCUAUCAAACCACAAGAUGUCAAGCGGCAUAUCAACAGUGUGACAUCUCAAUCUUGUCCUACAAACGUGCAUCAAAUGAUGCAGGUGGUCUGCAAGAUGUACCUGGGUGAUAUAGUAGAAGCAGCGCGCGACAUCCAACAAGAAUGGAUAGACUUGGGAGAGAAGCAGACAGAUCUAGAGGACGACAACCUCGAGCCGUCGAAUGAGCUUUCCAAGUACCGCCGACAAGCUCCUUUACGACCAGAUCAUCUCAGAGAAGCAUACCGUCGACGCAAAGCGUCUGCAGAGAAUGGUGGUGCGUUAGGUAGUUUAAUGGUUUGGAAUCAACAAACACAGAACGGCGCAGAGAGGUUUGCGGUGCGAGCUGGUGGUCGUCGAAUUUUCAAAUAAGCAUUAUGUUAUGAAUCACAUGCAUGGUUAUGGCGUUUGGGGUGGAUAUAAAAUGACCACUACCUACUACGGGUAGGAAGUUUAAAUGGGCGGACCUAUCGCGCAACGGUUGCGCUUGGAGUUUAAGAACGAUUCCUUCUUGCUCUUUUGCGAGCACU